UAGUGAAAUUAUGUAUAGCAUGCAAAAAAAAGAACAUAAUAACCCAUGUUUCUUUGCCGAAAAGAAAAAUCAUGGAGGAAAAUCAUCGAAACAGACUCUCAGGGAAUGUAACGUGACGGAUAAAGAAGAUCAAACAAAAUCUGAGAAUUGUCAGAAUGGGAGCUCUGAAGACUUUCAACCAGAAUGCAAUACAAAGGAACAAUCAAAUUCUGUUGCAUUAUAUUCGGAAGAUUCCGAGGAUAUAAAAAAGAGGAUUGAAAUCUUGAAGAAAAGGAUCAGAUUAACGAAAAAGGUGGCAUCUUCGCAAAUUAAUGACGGAAUACCGAAACAAUUUGAGUGCAUAAAAUGCGGAUGUCCUAAUAGUAUAGAAAAUGAAGUUGCAGCAGCCUUAGAGGAGAUUGAAGGAAAUGAAGACAAGAUGGAAGAAGACAAGACUGAUGAAAAAAAGAGUCGGAGGAAAUGGUUUGCUUUCUGGGGGGAAAGUCGGAAGCCCUGCGUCUGUUUUCCAACUGAUCACUACACAGGAUUGAAAUUUAUAUCUUAUCGAUAUAUAUUUCGCAAAAUCUCACGAACAGUAACUGACAGAAAAGAUAUUCAUUAAGAAUGGCUAGUGUAACGAUGAAAA